AAUAAAAAGCAAAUGCAUGCAGGCAAAGUAAAAAAAAAAAGGCCAGGGCGUGGUAAUUAAUGGAGGCCCUAGCUAUACUAUACUAGUUUGGCUUGCAGGGCCAAAGUAUGGGUAAAUGUCCCUUUCUGAUUCCCACAAACAAAAUGAAGGACAGGUUGGGGGGCAUGGGGCAGGGUCAAACUACAACCCCAACAAGACCAACAGCAGCAGCCUUCUUCUCUUCAUUGUCUGUGAUGCCCCUAAAAUCUGAUGGCUCCCUCUGUCUAAUGGAGGCCCUCAACAGGUCUCAACCACAAGCAACCCCAAAACUGGAGGACUUCAUUGGAAUGGGAGCCCAUGAGUAUGACAUAAGAAGUGGAGGAAUGGCCCUAAGCUUGGACAACAUGUACUACCAAGAUUACCAAAUGCCAACUGCUGGGAUGAAGAGUUUCUGCUAUAACAACAAUAAUAAUAAUAAUAACAAUAAUAAUGCAAGAGUGUCCAAAGAAGGAGGAGAAUCAUGGGCUCCGAAUAAUGGCGCGACGGGUUACGGGGAUUUUCGGGCUUUGAGCUUGUCAAUGAGCCACGGGUCGUCGCGCCCAAGUCAACAACAACAAGAGACCUUGGCUGCUGCUGGUUCAGAGUGUGGGAGCAAGAAGAGAGGGCUUGAGGUUUUGGCCAAUAGUAAUAAACAAAUUGUUCAUAGGAAGUCUCUUGACACAUUUGGCCAAAGAACAUCACAGUACAGAGGUGUCACAAGGCACAGAUGGACAGGGAGAUAUGAAGCACAUUUAUGGGAUAAUAGUUGCAUGAAGGAAGGGCAGAGCAGGAAGGGAAAGCAAGGGGGUUAUGACAAUGAAGAGAAGGCGGCGAGGGCAUACGAUUUGGCGGCAAUCAAGUAUUGGGGACCUUCUACUCAUAUCAAUUUCCCGCUUGAGAAUUAUCAUCAAGAGAUUGAAGGAAUGAAGAGCAUGAGUAGGCAAGAAUAUGUUGCUCACUUAAGAAGAAAGAGCAGUGGGUUCUCAAGGGGAGCAUCAAUCUAUAGGGGAGUGACAAGACAUCAUCAGCAUGGAAGAUGGCAAGCUAGAAUCGGACGAGUGGCGGGAAACAAGGACCUUUAUCUAGGAACUUUCGGCACUCAAGAGGAAGCCGCGGAGGCGUAUGACAUAGCGGCGAUUAAGUUCAGAGGCGUAAAUGCCGUCACCAAUUUCGACAGUUCAACGUACGACAUCGAGCGUAUCAUGGCUAGCAACAAUCUCCUUGCCCGGGACCAGGCCAGGCGGCCGAACAAAAACUCCUCCGACGAGACCACGGGCGACACAAAUAGCCGGCGGUUGGAGGUGGAGGAAAAUUUAGUGCCAUCUUCUUCGACUCAGAUGGCCGCCGACUGGCAGCUGGCGGUGUAUCAGCAAGGGGUGGUGGACGAGUCCGCUACCCUGCUCAGGAGGCCUUUUUUUGCCGCAUGGACGGAUAACAUUAUCUAAAUUCUGGCUAGUUCCGACUCCAUGUACCUUCUCAUAAACAUUCACACAGAUACGAUUGUGUUUGGUGAGUGAAUAUUUAUGAGAAGGAUGAGGUGAGAAUGGAAGUAUGGUUUAAAUUAGGGUACCCAAUCUUAAUUAAUUCAUCGAAACUAAUCAUGUAAAUAAAUGGUAGCUAGCUAGGACACCUUGGAUCCAUGUUUUUCAUGACAAAUUAAUUAGGCUUGCAUUU